AUGAUACCCGAAUUGUAUUUGCCGGCGUUUUGUGGGAAAUUUUAUGGGAUCUCCUACACGGUAUUCGGGCUGAAUGCCAAAAUCUUGCAACAAAUCGGUACAAUCGCCCUCGGAUUUUUGGUCUACUCAACGACUCAAUGUGUUUUCUAUCGACAUCAACAGCUACUCAGCCACAAGAGUCGAUUACAUUAUAGAUUUUGGAAGAACAUUGCAAUUUGCAUAGCCGUUCUGCAUUACAUCGGCAUUCCCUCGCUGGGAGUCGUGUUUUUCCAAUUCACCGACUAUGAGCCUUCUCCUCAAGCGAAGGGGCUCACCGAUUUGCUCGAGAAAUUUCCCGAAUACAUUUGGGUGAAAUACGAUCCCGAUGUUCUGAUAGCUCACUCGAACCCGGUUCCUCCGUUUCAAAUCUCAUCAAACGCCGCCAUUUUUGUUGUGAUUCUUUUUGUGACAUUUGAAGUCAAUCUGAUCUUCGGCCUCUUGUUUUGGCACGCCUUCUAUCUUCUGGGCCAGCGAAGCGAUUUGAGUGAGAGGACAAAGUUUUUGCAUAGGAAAAUGUUAUUUGCGUUGUUUGUGCAGAUAUGCGUUCCCUUUCUGACGAUCGCCAUUCCGUGGGCUCUAUUCGCGAUUGUGGUGGAAACUGAAUGGAGGAUCUCACAAGAUAUCUUAAAUUUGGGCUUUCUCAUGAGCAGCCUCCAUGCGAUGAUUUCCUCGAUUUGCAUUUGUCUCCUCACCAAACCAUACAAAAGG